GCAAAACACAAGAAUUGGAAAGACUCCAUCAAGUACAACGGCAGGCCAAUCCAGAAAUUAAUCGCAGAAGGCAAGCUGCACGGACACAGUCUAUCUUGUUAUCGCAAGAUUUGUACUAAUAUGCAGACAGACGGUGAAGUGGCUCUUGCAACAGGAAAAACAUUAGACGCUGCUAUGGACAACAAGAAUACUAAUGCAGAAAAGGAGCCGCGGGCUGAUGAGCCACAAGUGAAAACUGCCACAGAGGAAUACGAGGCUACCAUAGACGAGUACGAGUUACUCCCUACACUAAUGUAUGCACCUCAAUCGUCCCUUCGGUCAUCAUCACCAUGGGCUACGCAGGGAACGGAGGAACCUGCCUGGUUUAGAACCUACGGGAAAGUCUUUGCUAAAUUUGGCAAAGAGCUGGAUGAGGCCAUUUCGCAGGCGACGGCGGAUAUGAUCGCGGCCAUAAAGAAAGCCGAGGCAGAAUCGAUCGCGGCCAUAAAGAAGGCCGGUGCGGAAUCGAUCGCGGCCAUAAAGAAGGCCGGUGCGGAAUCGAUCGCGGAGAUCACGACGAAGGCUGAAACGAUCGCAGCCAGCAAAAGCGGCUAUCCCUUGGAAAUGUAUGCGUGCGGCAGCGAGAAAUGUCGCGAGGACAAAAACAAGCUCCACACGAUGCUCGUGACAAGAAAGCAAGAACUCCGUCGAUUGCGCAGAAUGGAUUGCGCAAAUAGUGAGUGCGAAAUCACUAAAGCAAGGGAGCGACAACUCUCGGUUGAAGUGAUCGAACUGAAGAAGGCCGUGGAGAUUGUGUACGAUUUAAUUGUGAAAGCCACAAACUCACAAGACAGUAUACAAUUCUCCAACCUGCAAACGUUGACAAAUAUGUUCGACGAGAUUCGCCGUAUGGUGGAGAAAGCGUAA